AUGGAUGCAUUUGCUACACCAACUGCACGUUUUCCUGACGGUAAUUUUCUGGAAGAAGACAAAUUUUCACCUGGAUUUUUAACACUUGGUCAGAAGUACAGCAUAGCAAUCGGAUCUACGGUAGUGCUGCCUUGUAAAAUUAAUGAAACAGAAAAUUCCAGCCAAUAUGUGCUAGCUUGGAAACGCGAUAUUGCUGUACUUACUGCUGGGAAUGUGAAGGUUACCGUUAAUCCAAGAAUUCGGUUAAUGCCACUUCAAGCACACUCUGACCUGCAAGGAACUCUGUCAACAGGCUACAACUUAGAAAUAAGAGACGUGCGUAAUUCAGACACUGGAGAUUAUAUAUGUCAGAUCGGCUCAAUGGAGCCGAAAGAAAUUGUACAUACACUGGAAAUAUUGGAGCCUCCAAAAAUUGACUUCAUUGCACCGGCAAACAAAUUGGAUAUUCAUAAAGGAGCGCCGAUACGAUUGGAAUGUCGUGCUUCUGGCAACCCUACACCAAAAAUUAUUUGGUCAAGAAAGAACAAUGUUAUGCCGAAUGGAGAAGCAAAUACAACGGGAAAUGUACUCGAUAUAGUACACGCCAAUCGCCAUAGUAGUGGCCACUAUAAAUGUACUGCUGACAAUCGCGUUGGUCAACCAGAUUUUAAAGAUGUUUUCAUUAACGUGAUGUAUCCACCCGAAGUCGAAGUGGAACAGCCAAUUGUACAUAGUGGACUAGGUUAUGAAGCACAAUUAGUGUGUACUGUUCAUGGAGAACCAAUUCCAAGCGUCGUAUGGUAUCAGGAUGCCACGCAAAUUGGAAUAACGGAACAAUUUUCACAACAGAAUCGUGGGAACAAAUACAGUUUAAUUAUCCGUAAUGUUAGUUACUCGGAUAUUGGUAACUACACAUGCCAAGCUUCAAAUGCUCUUGGAAAAGAUCGAGGUACACUUUCACUGAGUGGUUUGCCGACACUAUGCUAUUUUGAUUCGCCUACAUUGAGCAAUUACAAAGAUCAAUAUAAUAUUUCCUGGACGGUACAAAGUUAUUCCCCAAUCCGCGAAUACCGCUUGUUUUUCCGGCUUGCUACAAAACAUAUGCAUAUCAUGCACCACGAUAAAUCUUUAGACAACCACAUCUACAGCGAAAUAAUGGCUGCCAACAGUCACCUGUACACGGGAUCCUAUAGUGGUAGUGUUACAGCUCAUGGUGGUGAGCAAUGGGAAAAUGUUGUCAUACCGGAGAUGAGUGAUUACGGUGUUCCCAGCCACUUCUUUAACAAGGUUCCUACCUUCACCAGUUUCCAUCUCACUACUCGUCAUCGGAUGAAUUUUCAGCUGAAGAAUCUCAAACCAGCAAGCAAUUAUGAGGCACGAGUACAAGCACGAAAUGAUCACGGUUGGAAUAAGCUAUCAAGCAUAUUUCAUUUUUCCACCCGUACAGAAGAUAUGGAAUUGGAGCCAUCCCCACAACCUGCUGUCCACGGAGCCGGAUUAUUAGAUAAAAAUAUACUGAAAAGUAAUGAUGCAUCAACAAUGGUUGACUACCAUACAUCAAAGCCACUCACGUUAUUCAUAUUAACAAUUGUGUAUCACGUGUCAACACUGUGUUUCAGCAUAUCAGCAGCAUGA